GGGUGAAGGGACAAACGCAGGGUAUAUAGUAGAGACCGACCCCUCCUACCAGUGGGUGGUCGGAGGUAAAAAAGGUGAAUUGAUGGGUGGUGUGGACCGUAAUACCAUGCUAAUAGAAAUGAACCCUAAAAAAAUGGAACAGGAUGUUUUAGUUGCACGUACACUUCUGAAUCCCACUUGUGGUACCAUUCCUGUCCUUGUUUCCAACUUAACGCCUAGUUCAGUCAUUUUACACAUAAACACCCUGAUCGCUCACAGUAGGCUUUUGGAAGAUGAUGAGGUGCCUGAUCCAUCGCCAUCGUUCCCUUUCGAUCAUUCACCGGAACAUCAUAAAAUUUAUGAGACGG